CCUGGAGAAGGGUACAGAGUUCAGCCAUGUGACAUUUUGUUCUCUAGAUGAGACCCUUGAGGAUUUACUGAACACACCCUUUGAUUUUUCCAGAAAACACCUUUUUACCCCAAAUGUCUGUAUGUACAAAUUUCAGUAGAACCCUGCACAUAAGCUUCAGGUUCAUGGUAAAUUAGGAGUUAAACUGCUGCAGUAAAGCAGUUUUAUCUCUGUGUUGGACAGAGGCUGAAACUGAGUCAUGUGUGCAUAUUUGGAUACGUCACACCCUCUUGCUGUGGUAGACAAAGGGCAAAUUAGCUCCUUACCAUAAACCUCAUGCUUACAGGAUGCUUCUGCAGGACUGAUCAAUCAUUCUUUAGUCACUCACAGAGGGGAAAGAAAUCCCCCACAAAGCACCUCUCGAGAUGAACUAGGGCAGUACCAUUGUUUGGCUUGCUGGAUUUCACACACUACAAUGAAGAUACUGUUUUUCACUGGACUGCUCUCUCUUACUUCCAGUCUUUGCACAACAGGUUCAGAAUUUUCACAGAAUGGCUCCGCAAUUAAAACUGUAUCUCUUAUUAAGACUUUCCGUGGAAUUUCAGCAAGAGACUAUGAUUACAUCCCCCCUUAUGCUAUAGAAGGGGAAACAACAACCAUUCAUAUUGGAGAAAAUAAAUGCACUUCAAAAAAGUCAAACGACUCCACUUUAACAGAAGUGAACAACACCACACUGGAAUACUUGACCAGUUCUCUGAGCACCAAGCUAAUACCUGCUGUCUACCUCAGUGCUGUUUUACUGGGUGUGCCAUCUAAUGCCAUCACUUUGUGGAUGCUAUUGUUCAGGAUCCGCUCUGUGUGCACCGCCAUCCUCUACACAAACUUGGCUGUUUCAGAUCUGCUCUUUUGCAUCAUGCUACCCUUCAAAAUAGCAUACCACAUCAACGGGAACAACUGGGUAUUUGGGGAAAUGAUGUGCCGAACUACCACAGUGGUGUUUUAUGGCAACAUGUACUGCUCCAUCCUGCUGCUCAUGUGCAUCAGCAUCAGCCGCUACAUGGCCAUCGUUCACCCUUUCACCUACAAGAGCCUUCCCAAGCGCGCCUAUGCCAUUGCAGCAUGCACUGCCGUGUGGACCAUUGUCUUCUUGUACAUGCUCCCACUUUGCAUCAUGCAGCAAAGCUAUUAUGUGAGGCAACUGGGCAUUUAUACCUGCCAUGACGUGCACAAUGCCUGUGAAACAAUAUCUUCCUUCCAGUUCUACUACUAUGUUUCUUUAGCUAUAUUUGGGUUUUUGAUACCUCUUGCAACUAUCAUUUUCUGCUAUGUCUCAAUUAUACGAACACUCAAGACUCGUGAAUGGUUCUGGUAUGUUAAAGUCAGUCUUUUGAUCCUUACCAUCUUUGCUAUUUGCUUUGUGCCAAGCAAUAUUAUCCUUAUUGUCCAUCACAUCAACUAUUACUAUUACAACACAGAUGGGUUGUAUUCAUUUUAUCUAAUUGCUUUAUGUCUUAGCAGCUUAAACAGUUGUCUUGAUCCUUUCCUUUAUUUUCUGAUGUCAAAAAUUAGAAGUCAAUCCAAUAUUUAUCUAACAAUGGUUAAAAUAUACAGGGAAAAAUGAAUUUAGUCCUGUAUUUCUAUUACUGGAAUUAUGACUUUGUGAAGUAUUAACACAGACAGCAAUAAGUCUCAGGUGUGACAAUUAAACUGUAAAAAGUGUUAAAAAAACACAAUCUCAGUACAAUAUACUUCCUUCCACACAAGAAGUAUCUCCAAAAAUACACUUCUCCAGCGCUGUAAUUUUAUCACAUGUAUUGCAACAACUUUGUACCUAGAUUCAAGGAAGAAGCUCUACACCUCCAUCCAUUUCAUUCUGAGGCCAUGGAGAAGCUGCCAAGGUAUCAGUCACCACAGCCUCCGAGCACCAGAAGAGGGGUACUUUUAGGCCAGUUCAUGAUUUCCAAAUACUUCAAAUUAGCUCUCAGCCAACCAUCACUGCAGGAACAGUGAUACAAAAACAAGUUUCGGGCCUAAUGGAAAUGGGAACAACUAAAAGCACUUUUUACAUGCCUGGGAGCUGUCAAACUUUGUAAAAGCUCUCUCACACACAGUCAAGAGCAAAUACUGCCCUGGAUGUUGAAAAUAAAGAGCCAGAGUCCACAUAGGUUUAAGGAGCAGUUAAUCUACAGUUGUAGAUACCGAGCCUGACUCUUCCAGGGAAACAUUCUAUGAGGCGGCUUAACCAGUUUUGCACUGGAGACUUGUUCUUCCACUUUGCCAGUGCCUGCAAUCCCUAGACCACAAGGAGUGCUGGGAGCUAACCCUUAUCAGUGUGAAUCCAGGCAUGUAUUAUUCUUGCUUGGUAAGCAGAAUGGGGAAGCUAUUUUGUAGUAUUCUGUUUCCAUAUCCUGACAGGAAAUAGCUACAGUGUUACAAAUACUGCAACUGGUUAUGAUUGAUUGUCCACUUUAGUAAAACAAAGGGUCAGCUUUUACUCUUACACAGAUUCCAAAGCUACAUAUAUACUAAGUUCCUACAAAAUGAGCUCAGUGAUUGUUGUUUGCAUUUGUAACUGCAGCAUGUAAGACAGGGAGGAGAAAAAUGUUUUAUGUUGGUUUGAUAAUAGUACUGUAAACUUUACUUAAAUAAAAUAGCUUGCACUGGAAAAUGUCUCAAGGGAAUUUGCAGUCUGGUAAGACUC